UCAGUCAGGGGGGACAUCUAAGUGGUGAGGAGCGAAACCGUCACUUGGUUGUGCGUCUGUCACCAUGGUAGACACGCGUACAGGAACGAGCACCUCCCCUUAUACAGCAGAGCAGGAUGCGAAGGCCGCCGCCAUCCUGAAAGAGAGAAGAGAGGAGGCCAAGAAGAAGACCUUGAUAGAAGAACAGGCAGCGAAGUUGAAGAAGAUUGAGGACAAGAUGGCCAGAGGAAAAGAAAAGUUAAAGAAAGAAAAAGAAGAGAAGCUCAAGGCAGUAGAAGAGGAGGAAGAACUGCCACUGGAAAGGCGAAGGACAGGAGGAAGAGGAGAAUCCAACGGAACAAAGGAAGAUCAGAUGGAGAAGAAGAUUACGAAGUGGGUUGCUGGUUUAUCCCUGGGAGAAGAAGAGGAGGCACGAAUGUAUGUGCCCAGGGAAAAACAAGAGGCGGCCAUGAGAGAGUGGGAUGCAGAAGAAGACCCAUUCAAGCGGCAGGCUAUAGAAGAUGAGAAGAGGAUGGAGUGGAAGUUUGAACUGACGAGGGAGAAGAAAAGGAGAAUGGAGGCGGCGAGCUAAGCGGCGAAAGAAUUGGAGGAGGUUAAGAAGCAAGGAGCGCAGAUGGCGACGCAGGUAGACCUAC